AUGUCCAAAGAAGAUUCUGAUGGAGACACUGGCAGUCAGGCGUCCCUGCGCAGUGAUCGGUCCAUGGAUCGACCCAUUGACAUUCAAUGUCCUGAUCGUCACAAAGAAGAUUCUGAUGGAGACACUGGCAGUCAGGUGUCCCUGCGCAGUGAUCGGUCCAUGGAUCGACCCAUUAACUUUCAAUGUCCUGACCGUCACAAUCACCCAGAUGUGAAGACCGUACUCCCCAUGACAAGGGAUGAUUACCAAAGGAAACUGCAGGAGGCCAUAUCCAAACAGAGGAAAACAGAGAAGGAGUUUAAGGACUUCAAAGAAAGGGUGUCGCAUCAACUGUUGCGCUCUUUGGAAACUCAAGACACAGAAAACAUAAACAAGCCGGUGAAUAAGAGUCGGCUUAAAGAAAUGUAUGACCACCUGAGGAUCAACGAGUGGCCAAAGGUCACUGACCAACUCCGAGCCGGAGGAGAGGACCCUGACAGCGUCUGCAAAAUCAUACAGAACACUUUUGAGGAAGCCAUCGAUGAUGUCGAAACUUUGAAAAAGUCUAUGGACAAACUUUUUCGAAACGAUCUUCCUUUCAAGGUUCAAGAGCACCUCAAGGCCAGUGUGGAGAGUCUGCAGAUGGCCAUGUUCCACAACAGAGAGGUUAAAGCAUCAACAGCAGAAUUGGCUCCGCUCGCAUGCCAAAGGGUGGUUUCUGAGUGUUACUGGCUCGGCUGCCUCAUGGCUCUGAAUGACUCUCCUCUUCAGCUUGACUGGAAAAACACUCACAAACAGAUGGAUGUUUGGGACUUUCUGCCCCGUCACAUCAUAUCUAGGUAUGGGCUGAUUGAUGAUGCUUUCAGAGACUCCUCUGGUCACAUGACUGACUCAGAGGAUAACUGUGAGUAUUGA